AAUUGUCAUCUUCAAUCUCUCUCUUUCUCUUUUUCUUUCUCUCACACACACUAGUGCGUCUGUUCAUCCUAUCCUCACUAACAAUGGCAGCACCUGAAUUCAUUACCGCCGGCGGCUAUUACGGUUCAGCUGCCGACGCUCAUUUCCAUUCAGUUGACCGUUUUUUUGACCAGAAACUACUCCAAAACAACAACAACAAUCACUUCGCCGUUGACGAAUUGUUCGAUUUCUCUAAAGAAGACGACGUUUUCCUCACCGGAAAUUCCAACGAUUCCUCCACUAUCACCGCCAUUGAUAGCUGCAAUUCACCAAUCUCCGGCCAAGAUACUCUCUUCCACAGCUUCACCGACACCCAUUUCUCCGAUGACCUUUGUGUUCCGAUUGACGAUUUGGCUGAGCUGGAAUGGCUAUCCAAUUUCGUGGAAGACAGCUCAUUCUCAACCGUAGACAAUAUGCAAAACUAUCACCAACUAAUUCCCGCCACAUUCCCGGAUUCCGCCGCCGUAACCGCCGCCGACACUAACCGUAAUUAUCAGCCAGAAUUCCUCUCCGACGUAAGCGUCGUCCCGGGGAAGGCACGAAGCAAGCGGCCACGUGCCGCACCAUGUGAUUGGUCAUCCCGUCUCCUCGUACUUUCUCCCUCCGCAGCCGCCACCGGCGGCAACGGAGAGAUUACGAGGAGAAAGUGUUUGCAUUGCGCGUCGGAGAAGACGCCGCAAUGGAGGACGGGGCCAAUGGGACCGAAGACUCUGUGUAAUGCUUGUGGCGUUAGGUAUAAGUCAGGGAGAUUGGUGGCAGAGUAUAGGCCGUCGGCGAGUCCUACAUUUGUAGCGACGGAACAUUCGAAUUCGCAUAGGAAGGUUUUGGAAUUGAGGAGACAGAAUGAAAUUCAACGGCAGAAGAAGAAGAAACAGAGGUGGCAGAUUGUUAAUGAUGAAGAUUAUUUAAUCCGAGGUCGUGGUGUUGAUCAUCAGUUUGGUCGUGAUUAUAUGCCAUGAUCUGAUUUCAUAAUUGUUUUUUUAGAUUAUUAACUUUAAUAAUUAAUUUUAAUCUUGCAAGAAAAUUAGUUGUAAGGAUUAAUUAAGAUGGUGAUAAUUUGUCAUAAUUAAACGUCGGUCGGUGGUGCAUUGAUGAGUAACUUUAUAUAUAACGCAAGCAAAGGGAAAGGGAAAGCAAGUAUGGUCAUAUUAUUAUUAUUUAUGUCAUCUCUUUGUCUAAGCUUUGACAUUUGCA